AUGUCUCCGCCAGAGCCGGUGGCCCAGAGGUUUCGGAAUCUCGUAUGGAGAGAAAGAAGCUUGCGUUUUACCUGUGAGAAUUUUUUGCGACUUACCGUGUUUCCGUCCUUCCGAGGGAAGCAGACAGGACAAGCAGAAAGCGUUGAGGGUGAACAUGAAAACAAGAGAGCUGACUACGGAAAUAGGAAAACGAAGAGAAGAAGACGAAGAAGAAAUGGAAGCAAAACGGCCAACUUUGUUGCUCUGCGAACUACUCUCGCUUGUUGCGCAGCCAGGCUUCUCGAUAUCAACUCGUAUCUCGAUGCUGGGAGGAAGGAGUCUAGAAAGGCCUUCUGGGGUUGGUGCAGCAUCAUCAAACAUGACACUUGCAACAAGCCAACUCCGUACUAA